GAAUGGUACGUUCCUGUUGCAUUCCAAUCGUUUCUCCUCCAAACUUUUUCGCCUGGCUUCAGCCGCCUCUUCAGCGUCGGUACUUUUGCAAAUAUAAAUAACUAUUUAAAAGGAAAUAAGUCGUAAACGUUUAUUCAGAGUACAACAUGGCUUCGUCUGAUGUCGCUCGACAAGGGGAAAGAAACGCUCGUCCUUUGUCCCUGUCCGGUCACGUCGGCUUCGACAGCUUACCGGAUCAGCUGGUCAAUAAAUCCACCGGUCAGGGCUUCUGCUUCAACAUCCUCUGCAUAGGUGAGACGGGUAUCGGGAAGUCCACGUUGAUGGACACGCUGUUCAACACCAACUUUGAGAACUUCGAGUCGUCUCACUUCGAGCCCCGCGUCAAGCUCCGUGCCCAGACGUACGACCUGCAGGAAAGCAACGUGCGUCUCAAGCUCACCAUCGUCAACACUGUGGGGUUUGGAGACCAGAUGAACAAACAAGACAGUUACCAGCACGUGGUGGACUACAUCGACACGCAGUUCGAGUCCUACCUCCAAGAAGAACUGAAGAUCAAGCGCUCGCUCCACAACUACCACGACUCGCGCAUCCACGCCUGCCUGUACUUCAUCGCCCCGUCUGGGCAUUCGCUGAAAUCCCUCGACCUCGUCACCAUGAAGAAACUGGACAGCAAGGUGAACAUAAUCCCGGUUAUCGCCAAAGCGGACACCAUCUCUAAAAGCGAGCUGCACAAGUUUAAGAUUAAGAUCAUGAGCGAGCUGGUGAGCAACGGAGUGCAGAUCUAUCAGUUCCCCACCGACGACGAGACCGUCUCCAAGAUCAACGGCGCCAUGAACGCCCACCUGCCGUUUGCUGUAGUGGGAAGCACAGAGGAGGUGAAGAUUGGGAAUAAGAUGGUGAAAGCGAGACAGUACCCCUGGGGUGUGGUGCAAGUGGAGAACGAGAACCAUUGCGAUUUUGUGAAGCUGCGAGAGAUGCUGAUCUGCGUGAACAUGGAGGACUUGCGCGAGCAGACGCACACGCGCCACUACGAGCUCUACAGACGCUGCAAACUGGAGGAGAUGGGCUUUAAGGACACGGACGCCGACAGCAAGCCGGUCAGCCUGCAGGAGACGUACGAGGCGAAGCGGCAGGAGUUCCUGCUGGAGCUGCAGCGGAGAGAAGAGGAGAUGAGGCAGAUGUUUGUCCUGCGCGUUAAAGAGAAGGAGACGGAGCUGAAGGAGGCCGAGAGAGAGCUACAGGGCAAGUUUGAGCAGCUGAAGCGUUUGCAUGCCGACGAGAAGAGCAAGCUGGACGAGAAGAGGAAAGCUCUGGAGGAUGAGAUGAACUCCUUCGGUAAGAAGAAAGCCGCAGCUGAGCUCCUGCAGGGCCAAUCGUUCAGCUCCAACUCUAACCUUAAGAAGGACAAAGAUCGCAAGAACUCCGGGUUCAUGUAAAGAAGCCACGUCGAGGACGGGAUCCGUUCGAUCCUGAACAAAAACGACAUCGUCCAGCUAAUGUUUUUAUUACUCCAGUAUAUCGGCGGGACUGCUGCGUGUAUAUCAAAUAGUGUAUUUUCUUCUUAACUUCACUCGAAUUCAGGAUGGACGUGAGAAUCCAAGUGCCUUACCGGUAGGUGUAAAACGGGACACCUGGUUUCCCAAAAAAAAAAAUUUUGAUAGCACAAAACCUGACUGUGGUUUUUUUUGUAUAUUUAUAUUGGCUGUGUAUGGGAUAAGUCAUUAAGCAUGAAUAAAGAUUUAGUAGGGAGAAAA